GAAAGGGCCGUGUAGUAAAGAUGAACGAAGGCAAAGACAAUAUGAAAUCUUCCCAGAUUGAUGUCGAUGGAAUCAUGCGUACUCUAGGACAUAAUAAAUAUUUCCAUACCACUCAAUUCAUCCUGAUUAGUGGCUCCAUAAUCAUAGCAUCGACCAACAGUUUCCUCUAUAUGUUCUAUGCCCUCACCCCUGAAUACCAAUGUAAUAAUCUGACCGAGUUUCAAUUCAACCAAUACAAUAUAUCAAUUAAUGAAGUCAGUGUGGUGUAUGAUAAAUGCUCCAUAGACAUCAUCAACGCCGAUGAAGGGCUAACUACAGAGAACCGAACCCUGGACUGUGUGAAUGGUUAUUAUUAUACCACUCCAGUUGAUAAAUCGAUAGUGUCACAAUGGGACCUGGUCUGCAACAAUUUAGGAUUGGCUGAAUCAACUCAAACGGUUUAUACUUUGGGUCAAAUGAUCAGUGGCCUGUUAGCACCAUGCUUGAUAGAAAAAUUCGGACGAAAACCUAUGAGAGUGUCAAGUCAUAUCUUGCUGUUAGUCUUCAACUUAAUCGCUGCAUUUUCUCCGUCUUAUUGGUUGUUUACAAUAAUGAGAUUUUUGAUUGGAGGAGCCCGAGAGGCGUACUCCAUUAGUACAGCAGUUUUACUUUCUGAAUUAUAUCCAAAAGAAAGACGUAUCAUUAUGUCCUGCCUAUUUAUGAAUAUCUGGGGUCUUUAUAAUUGUGUUCUAGGAUAUAUAGCCUACAUUUUGAAAGAUUACAGUUGGAAUGUAUCAUUCCUGUUCAAUGCUGUUCUUUCGGGAUAUUUCAUACUGGACUUUUUUUUUUUAAAGGAAUCUCUCCGAUGGCUGUUUGCUAAUUCGAAAGUAGAAGCAGCUGAGAAGAUAGUCAAAAAGGCAGCUAAACAAAACAAAGUUGACUUCGACAAAGUAUGGAGAAUAACUUUCACGGAUUCCUCACAACCAGAAGUUGAUGGUCACGUGAAGGAGACCAGUCCUGAGUGCCGAAAUAAUGAGCCAAAAGCUGAAAUAGAUGGAAAAAUUGUUGCUGACCAAUCGCAAAUACAAACGGGAAAACAAACCUCAGACUUUGUGAAAUUGCUUGCCAUUUUUAAAUCCCCCUACCUUAGGAAAGUUACCAUCGUUAUAUCAAUAGAAAUUAUCGUAAAUGUAGGAUCAUUGAACAGUGUUUUACAAAUGUUAGAAGUUCUUACGGGCAGCAUAUAUCUCAACUUUUCUGUGGCAGCAGCCGUGGAAAUCGGGACUGUAGCUCUUUACUCAGUCAUUGCGAAAAGGUUCGGUCACAAAAUAGCCUUACAAUGUUGGAAGACAUUUGCUGCAGCGUGUAUUAUGUCUACAUCUCUGGCAAAGAUCUUUGCAGAAAAGGAUAAUACAACGGAAUAUAUCAUCCUUGUGCUUUACAUUUUGGCCUUUGCUGGACUGGUUGCUGGUGCCAGCGGUGAUAGCAUCUACAUGUCAGAACUCUAUCCUACACAAAUACGAAGUGUUGGUACUGGAUUUGCUACGACUUCCAUGCGGAUUGCAUGCUUGGCAGCACCGUUCCUCAAACUCUUGGCUGUGGUUGCCCCUUGGGCCCCUGGGAUUAUCAUUGGAACCGGAUGUAUAAUUUCUUCCAUUUUACUUCAAGUAUUUUUACCGGAAACUGGAAACCGAGUUUUACCACAAACGAUCGAAGAUGUAAAUAUGAUGGAGAAGAAAAAUAAAAAAAAUAAAAUAGAAAUUCAAACUAUAUCGUAAAAAUCAUAAGAUGACCACUAUACAAUUUGUCAUAGUCUCAGUCAGCAAGAUAAAAUUCAUCACUAAUUCAAAAGAUAUCAAGAGUACGUUGAGAUGACGUGGAUGAAAUAUUUAUACUUUUAUAUUAAGAUUGCCACAAAAUCCCUUCUGUCAUUAUUAGGCAGU